UUUUCUGUUUUCUCCACCCCUCUCUCCUCGCUCCGCUCCGCAGCUCGCGAUCGGAUUCGCUCCCUCCUCGCCGCGCCACACCACACCCGUCGGCGCUGGGGAUCUCUAGGGUUUAGCCCAGUCGCCCGGCUCGACCCCGCGCCGUCCUCGCCGUCGCCACCAUGCCGCUCAGGUUGGAGAUCAAGCGGAAGUUCGCGCAACGGUCAGAGAGGGUCAAGUCGGUGGAUCUUCACCCCACGGAGCCAUGGAUUCUGUCGAGCCUCUACUCGGGGAGUGUCUGCAUCUGGGAUUACCGGGCACAGGCUAUGGUGAAAUCAUUUGAAGUUUCAGAACUGCCAGUGCGGUCGGCAAAAUUUGUAUCAAGAAAACAAUGGGUUGUAGCUGGUGCAGAUGACAUGUUCAUUCGUGUCUACAACUACAAUACCAUGGACAAAGUUAAAGUUUUCGAGGCCCAUACUGAUUACAUCAGAUGUGUUGCUGUCCAUCCAACUCUACCAUCUGUGCUGUCAUCAUCUGACGACAUGUUGAUAAAACUGUGGGACUGGGAUAAAGGGUGGAUGUGCACUCAAAUCUUUGAGGGACAUUCACACUAUGUGAUGCAGGUUACUUUCAAUCCAAAGGAUACCAACACCUUCGCAAGUGCAUCUCUUGACCGCACUACAAAGAUAUGGAGUUUGGGUUCUCCAGAUCCAAACUUUACACUAGAUGGACAUCAAAAGGGUGUUAAUUGUGUUGACUACUUCACUGGUGGUGACAGGCCCUAUUUGAUUACUGGUUCUGAUGACUCCACUGCAAAGGUCUGGGAUUACCAAACAAAGAGCUGUGUUCAGACACUCGAAGGGCAUACACAUAACAUCUCUGCUGUCUGUUUCCAUCCUGAGCUUCCUAUAAUCAUCACUGGAUCGGAAGAUGGCACAGUUCGUAUAUGGCAUUCGACAACUUAUAGACUCGAGAACACACUAAACUAUGGCCUUGAGAGAGUUUGGGCUGUUGGAUACAUGAAGGGAUCAAGAAGGAUGGUGAUUGGUUAUGAUGAGGGAACUAUUAUGAUUAAAAUGGGCCGUGAAGUACCUGUAGCAAGUAUGGACACCAGUGGGAAAAUCAUUUGGGCGAAACAUAAUGAAAUACAAACUGUAAAUAUUAAGACUGUUGGUGCAGGCUUUGAGGUCACAGAUGGAGAAAGAUUACCCCUGGCUGUAAAAGAGUUAGGAAGCUGCGAUCUAUACCCACAGAGUUUGAAGCAUAACCCUAAUGGCCGAUUCGUCGUUGUAUGUGGAGAUGGUGAAUACAUAAUUUAUACUGCAUUGGCUUGGAGGAAUAGAUCGUUUGGAUCUGCAUUGGAAUUUGUUUGGUCAUCAGAAGGAGAAUAUGCAAUCAGGGAAAGUACAUCAAGAAUCAAAAUUUUCAAUAAAUCAUUUCAGGAGAAGAAAAGUAUCCGGCCUACAUUUUCAGCGGAGCGUAUUUUUGGUGGGGUAUUGUUGGCAAUGUGUUCUAGUGACUUCAUUUGCUUUUAUGACUGGGUUGAUUGCAGACUAAUACGCCGAAUUGAUGUCACUGUUAAGAACCUUUACUGGGCUGAUAGCGGUGAUCUAGUUGCAAUAGCAAGUGAUACGUCAUUCUACAUCCUCAAGUACAAUAGAGAUGUUGUUGCUUCUUAUCUAGAAGGUGGAAAGCCUGUCGACGAGGAAGGUGUUGAAGAUGCUUUUGAGCUGCUUCAUGAGGUCAAUGAGCGAGUGCGUACUGGGAUUUGGGUUGGAGACUGCUUCAUAUAUAACAAUUCAUCUUGGCGCCUAAAUUAUUGUGUUGGUGGUGAGGUCACCACAAUGUAUCACUUGGAUCGCCCUAUGUAUUUGUUGGGAUAUCUUGCGAACCAAAGUCGAGUUUAUCUAAUCGACAAGGAGUUUAACGUCAUUGGGUACACAUUACUUCUCAGUUUGAUUGAGUACAAAACCCUUGUGAUGCGUGGGGAUUUGGAACGCGCAAACGAAAUUUUACCAUCCAUACCAAAGGCACAAUAUAAUAGUGUCGCUCAUUUCUUGGAGUCUAGAGGUAUGUUGGAAGAGGCUCUUGAGAUAGCCACUGAUGCUGACUAUAAAUUCGAUCUAGCUGUGCAGCUUGGAAAAUUAGAUGUUGCAAAGGCUAUCGCCAUAGAAGCACAAAGUGAAUCUAAAUGGAAGCAGUUGGGAGAACUCGCCAUGUCUACAGGCAAGCUAGAGAUGGCGGAAGAAUGCCUUCACCAAGCGAAGGAUUUAAGUGGCUUAUUGUUAUUAUACUCGUCCCUUGGAGAUGCUGAAGGAAUCAAAAAGCUUGCUUCUUUAUCAAAAGGACAUGGGAAAAACAACGUUGCUUUCCUCUGCCUUUUUAUGCUUGGUAAAUUGGAAGAUUGCAUACAGUUGCUCAUAGACAGCAAUCGUAUACCUGAAGCUGCAUUAAUGGCGCGUUCAUAUCUUCCUAGCAAAGUCUCAGAGAUAGUAGCAAUUUGGAGAAAUGACCUCAGUAAAGUUAAUCCAAAAGCUGCAGAGUCUCUUGCAGAUCCUUCUGAAUAUCCAAAUUUGUUUGAUGAUUGGCAGGUUGCACUAACUGUAGAAAAAAGUGUUGCUUCUCAGAGGGGCCUCUACCCUCCUGCUGGCGAUUACUUGAACCAUGCUGAGAAGUCAGAUUCUACUCUUGUGGAGGCUUUCAAAAGGAUGCAGGUCAUUGAGGACGUGGAACCUGUAGACCCAGAUGAGGAAAAUGGAGAGCCUGAUCAAGAGGUGUUGGAAGAGAAUGAAAUGGAGAACAUGGAUGAAGUUGUCCCAGUUGGUGCCGAUGAACAUGAAGAGGGUGAGGAACAGUCGAGUACGAACAAUGAAGGAGCUGCGUCAGCCUGAAAGAAUAGUUUCACAAAUGUGAAAAGUCCCAGUGCUAGCUCAACAUGAAUAGGGCAGAGGGAUGCACAGCUCAUUGAUUGCACAUGUUCGUUCUGAGGGUGCCAGAUGCUGACAUGCGUCCGAAGUGUUAUUCUGAAGCACUGGAAUUGGUGGUGCUGGUGCCAUCAAAGCCACCUUUUGCUUGUCAAAUCCUUCAAAUGAACACCAAACUUGACAAAUGGAAGCAUGCUAGAACUGAUGCCAGUCUAGCCAUCCUGGGAAUGCUUCUCUUGGCAACAACUUGCAACAUUUACACACCCAAUUUUCACGCCCAGAAAUCAACGAAUUGGGUGGUCAAGCAGUUGUAAUGAAUAGCGGUUUGAAUAAUUGUUAUAGAGAUAUAUGUAGCAUAUGCCAGGUUACCAUAGCCAUGGCCGCCUUCUAGAAGAUCACAGUUUUUUGCUAGCCACCCAGUGUAAUUUGAUGCUAUUCGAUAAGGUUACAUGUAGUAUAUGAUUGUGGGCUGAAAGCUUGCCCAUGUAUGAUUCCAUUGGAGGUUUAGCUUCGGAUUCUGUUUUGCUUCUUUACCAGUGCAGAUUCUUGCAAUGUUUCGAAAGUGACAACGGUCUGUGCUAUUAGUAAUGAUGAGUGCAAGUUGGAAUGCCCCUUGCAUUACCUUA